CUCCUCUCCCUUCCACGUCCCUUGCAAACACACACCCUCUCUCUCACCCCAUUGUUCAGACUCCAACUCUCAUGCAUGGUGUAACAUAUAUAUUUCCAGAUUAUAUACAAAGCACAUACAUACACUCAUAUAUAGUGUAACGAGUUUGUGCUUGAGCACAUAUCGAGAAAAUUAAUGACAAUGAGCAACAGCAUCGGACAGUUCGGCGACACGACACUGACCAAAGUCUUCGUGGGAGGCUUAGCUUGGGAGACUCCGAGAGAGCUCCUCAGAGACCAUUUCCACAAGUACGGCGACAUCUUGGAGGCCGUCAUCAUCUUCGACAAGGCCACCGGAAGAUCCAAGGGCUACGGCUUCGUGACUUUUAAGGACGCCGAGGCGGCAAAGAAGGCGUGCGAGGACGCAGCGCCGGUGAUCAACGGCCGCCGAGCCAACUGCAACCUCGCUUCGCUCGGUGCACGGCGGCUGAGAUCGGCGUCAACCACGCCUCCUCCUCCUCCUCCUCCUCCUCCUCUACAAGUGAAUCAUAAAGGAUCUAAUGCUGGACUGAGAUCUGCGUCGCCGGCACCUGCGAGUCACGUGCAAUGGUACUAUCCGGCUGCGGGGACGCCAACGUCGCCGUUUCAUCAUCAGCACCAUCAGGCCGUUCCUUUCUAUGGGUACUCUCCAACCUAUGUUACUACAGAUAUCAAUUACAAUCAUAAGCUAAGUUACACCGGUGGGUCCUACAUGAACGGUCAUUUCCCUCAAGUAUACCCGGGACAGCCCAUGGUGGGUGGCGGCAACACAUUGAUGCCUAUGUACCCUCUCUAUCACUUUCAUCAAUCUCAGGCGAUGGGCCUGCCAGCCCACAUCUACUCCCCAGCAAAUGUGGGCCCAAUGCCCAGUGUUCCAACUCUCAUAUCAAAGCCCACAUCAAUUGCUCCAAACACAGUUUGCUUGGCUGUGGAAUAGGUACAGUUGGUGAAAGCUUUGAAAGGGGGUGGCUAAGAUCAAUUAGUGACAAAUAACCAAAGGGUUGGAGGGUGGUGGCUGCUCAGUAAAAACAUUAUUAUCUGAUCUGUGGUGGCUCUUCUUUCCAUUUAUUUUUAUUUUUCUUUAAUUCUUAUUCUUAGGUGUCUCAUUAGAUUCAUUCAUUUCUCUCUCUAACUUCCAAUCUCAGAUUGAGAUGUGAACCACUAAAUGAACCUCUAUUGUAAUAGUUGUCAUGUAAGUUCUUAUACUUUAUGAGAAGCUUCUCAUGGCUCCUAAAAUACAUGUCUUGAAGCAAUAACAUUUGGGCUCUCUCCCUA